AUGGUGGAUUUGAUACUCGCCUGCCAGUGUUUCGCAUCAGUACCGGGCAUUGCAGGCUUGUUGGUUUUGCUAACUUUCUUAUGUUACAUCUGGGUCACUGUUAUAAAGCCAAGGAAUGGGAAAGCAUCAUCUCUGCCGCUCACUGAAGUUUCUGGCGCAUGGCCCAUAAUUGGUCAUCUUCCUCAGCUAGUAAGAUCUACUACACCUUUAUUCAAAAUCCUUGCGGACAUGUCUGACAAGAACGGACCUGCCUUCAUGGUUCGAUUCGGUAUGCACCCGACUCUAGUGGUGAGCAGUUGGGAGAUGACUAAAGAAUGCUUCUCCACUAAUGACAGAUUCCUCGCUAAUCGCCCACAUUCUGCUGCUUCCAAAUACCUCAAUGUUGGCGAUUUUGCUUUUUCCUCGUAUGGAUCCAUAAGCGGUGUAGCUGCUAGAUGGCUUAAAGUCAACAUGAGUGAAGCGUUUAAAGAGCUAACGUUGAACGUGGCCUUGAAGCUGGUUGUAGGGAAGUCUCUAUUUAACCAGCACGGCGAGGAUGAUGAAUCUGACACCAGGAAUGAGUUUGGGGGUUCCUGUUGCAUCUGGCUGGAUGUGGACGGACAAAAGAAACGCAUGAAGAGGGUAGCCAAGGAGAUGAACUGUUUUGCUAAAAAAUGGCUUGAAGAGCAUAAACAGAAAAAAAGACUUCAACUGGCAGCAAGCAAUAAUGUUGGUGAUAAAGAGAAUGACUCCAUGGACGUGUUGAUAACGGUUCUUGAUGAGGAAAAUGAGGAUCUCUUUGCUGUUCACAGUCGGGAUACUGUCAUCAAAUCCACCUGUUUGUCCCUUAUAUUAGGCUCCAUGCAGACCACAUCAGUAGCCAUGACAUGGGCUCUCUCAGAACUACUCAACAAUCCAAAUGUCUUAAGAAAAGCGAAAGAGGAAACCGAGACCAAGGCUGGAAAAGAUGGAAACAUAGAGCACCGCGACAUCAAAGACCUUGUGUACCAAACAGGUGGAUUGGUACACAAGUCUGCAAAUUACUAG